ACAACUACCUCUACAAUCUAUAAAACCCAGCUCAUUUCUCUAGAGGUCUUUUUGGAGGAAACGUUCCCGGACGUCCCUGUUCGUACUCAUCAUUUCCCUGGGAGAACAUGAUGUGAAACGUUCACACAUCCUUUGAAACAUGCACCUGUUUGAGCAUGUACAAAUCCACACAGACUCACACCCUUCACUUUUUCACCUCUCCCAGAUAUUUACAUUUCAUUAUCUUUAUAGAUAUCAAACUACACCCUGCUAAUCUGCAGAUUAUCAUCAACUGACAUUAUCAUCAUUAACAUUAUUAGUUAAAAAUACUUCCAGAAUUCCAUAAAGUUUUUGUUCGUAGUGUUUGUAGUUGUUAGGGAAAUAAAAAUUAGACUCAAGUGACAAAUAAAAGACAAUUUGCACUUCAAGUGUUAAUAGUACUCUUCCUGCUCUCCCAGUUUUUCCCGUUGGCUUUGGAUUCUUGUGUUAUUCAUAUUAAACAAAUGAUGUCAAAUAUAGGCCAGUUCUCUCAAAAGGAAUUAUUAUUUAACCUUAUGUGUUGUAUAACACCACCUCUGGAAUGAUUUAGAGUAUGCAGGUUUUCACAUUAUACACUAGGUAUUUGAACACACACUCAUUGAGUGGACUGCCACUGUGUCUAACCCAACACAAAUGUGUGACUAAACAUGGUAUGCAGACUUCAUGUGUUAUGACAUUUGACUCAAACAGGUGGUGGAGAGAAACAGGGGAAAAGAGAGAGGGAAUGAGUGAGCGAGUGAGAGGGCAGUUUUAGAGAAAGAGGUGAGAUGUCGACCUCCUUUUAAAACAUAGAUCAUGAAAUCAAGGUAAACAAAGUCACAAAACAACAGGUCACAAAUCCAAGCUCUUUUACUUCAAACUGUAAAUACAUACAUUUCUUGUUGGCAUGUCUGUUAGAUUCUGUUCGGCAGCAUUUAAAGGGGUCAUAUGACCUUGCUAAAAAGAACAUUAUUUGGUGUAAUUUGGUGUAAUGAAAUGUGUUCAUGCAGUUUAAGAUUAAAAAUACAUUAUUUUCCACAUACUGUAUAUGAUUUUUUCUCUUCUAUGCCCCGCCUUUCUGAAGCUCAUCUGUCUGAAAUGCGAGAUAUACACUGAUUGGUCAGCUAUUUAGUGCAUUGUGAUUGGACAAAUGCCUCAAGCAUGUGACGAAAAUGUUACACCCCUCACCAUACUGUGAUGACAUGUGGUGUGACGAGACAAAAACAAUGAAAACCCAUUACAAAUGUGGCAUUUAUUGCAUGCAGUGGGGAUGUAAAUACUGAUUAAAAUGACUUACAUGGUCUUAUUACGCAUUGCAUUGAAUAUCGCACUGCGUAAACAUAAUACCAUGUCUGCAUUUGUGAUCAGAGAAACAACAAACAAGCUCUAACAGUUACUUACAUUGUUCAAAACUUGCAUGUUAAUCAUCGGUGGCAAAUUCUUUACAUAUGAAAACGUGCCAGACUUUCUUUGCAAAUAUGGAACUAUCCCAUUUUAUAGAAACAGGCUCUGAGCUCGGGAUUGGCCCAAAAGUGGAGCGCUCCCACCGGAAUGGGUCAACCAUGAGAAGUUGGGGAGUUGGAGGGACCCCUAAAGAUUAGAGCGAAUGAAGCUCUCUGUGUGUUACCGGGGAGACGCUCCUGCAGCAGGAUGCGGAGUAUCCGGUAACGCGCUCGUAGCUUUUCCAAAAGAUGCGGCUUCGCGAUAUCCCCGUGUUACCUCAUGUCUGACAGACGCUGAUUGAAUAUUGGCUGCUGCGCACUGUCCGGUUCAAAGCUUUCCUUUCAGUGCUGUUUUUUAAACUUUCACGAACCCUCACAGACACUGACAAGUUUCUUUAGAGGUGCGCGUUGAUUUCAUCAUGGCUACAGACUUUUUAACCAUUUUGUAAACCCGCCGGACAUCUCUGGGACAGUAUGGCAAGUGUAUCAGACUCAUGGGUUUACUGAUGCACAAAUACUGAAGAUACUACGAGCAGUGGAACAAAAUGACACCGGCGUGGAACCAGCGACCGGGGCGAGAGCCACCGAGACCCAGAUGGGGACUGACAGAUCAAAGGAUCAAACUGCCAAAAUGCCCAAAUGCUGCCCCUCGGCUACCUCUUCCAUCUUACCUGCACAGGUCCAGACCCCGAAGGCCUCCCCCAGACUUUGGGCCUCCAGAAAGCCCUGUGUAUCACUGGGAGGAAGCAGUAGUUCCCAGGGCUAAUGGGUACCACGCCAGACACGCAGAAUCAAGCCCAGUGCGACCACGAAUCGUGACCGUGGUGCGGCCGUGCGGACAGGAGAGCAUGCGGAAGAUCUCACUGCUGUUAAACCGCCGCGCAGUUCAGACAUUCGAGCAACUGAUGGCAGAUGUGUCUGAGGCGCUUGGCUUCCCCUGCUGGAACAACGCUCGAAUACGACGACUCUUUAGCCCUGCUGGGCGAGAAAUCCACAGCCUAGCUGACUUCUUCCGCUUCGACCAUGCCUUCUUGGCCUUUGGGAACAGCCGACCGACUCUUGACGAGGUACAUGCAGCACUAGAUGAGUUGUAUCCAGAAAACCCCAGCCAUUGCGAACACCUGCUGAGAGUAUGGGAGCGUAUCCUGAGACCCAAGGCCACAAAGGCGGAUAGUGGUUUCCAUGAUGAUGACGCCGGAGCCAUGAUUUCCAUACCUACGGUACAUGAUCAACAGGUAAACCAACCGGUUGUCAACAACUUGCAGCCUGUUGGAAGGCAAAAAGAUAAGGUGAGGAGAGAAAAGCAGAGAGAACUGUGGAGGAGGAGAGGAGACCUGCAGAAAGAAGAUGACAAGGAGAUAAAGAAGGAGGAAGGAAAGAGAGAAGCUAUUUACUGCCGGAGCUAUCGAGGAUGUGGCCCACCUAUACCACCAAUCAGAAGCAGUCAAUGUUCUCAACCAGACAGGCCAAGUAACCACAGUAAUAAAAGUACUUCAUCUCAGAAUAAUAUGGAAAAAACACAACAAAGAUCACUGAAAGCGGACAGGCAUGUUGCCAAUACAAAGUCAAGGCCAGCUGUUCCUCAAAACCGGGAUAAAGAUCUCAAUUUGGAGACAAUAACGGAGCAGGACAUUAUUAAGCAGGAAACAGUUGAACAGAAAGACUUACAGAGUCACAUACUGGCUGAUGGGGCCAAAGUGUCUCUGGAGGACAUUGAGCGCUGCUAUGAUAUGGGCCGUGUGGUAGGAGACGGGAACUUUGCGGUGGUCAGGGAGUGCUGUGUGAGAGGCCUGGCUGAAACGUUCGCUAUGAAGAUUGUGGACAACACAAAGCUGCAGGGACGCGGCCACAUGAUUCAGAAUGAGAUCGCUCUGCUGCGUAGUCUGGAACAUCCUCGCCUCAUACAGCUGUUUCGUUCUCAUCACACGGACACCCAUGUUUACCUGCUGAUGGAGCUGGUGACCGGUGGAGACCUGUUUGAUGCUAUCACUCAGAACGGCAGGUUUACUGAGCCAAGUGCUGCAUGCAUGAUCAGAGACAUCAGUCAGGCUCUGGAAUACAUCCACAGCAAGAGCAUCGCACACAGAGACAUCAAACCUGAAAACCUACUGGUACAGCGUGAUGGCAAUGGAUGCUUGAAUCUAAAGUUGGCUGAUUUUGGAUUAGCCAUGGUGGUAACGGAGCCAGUGUUCACAGUCUGUGGCACACCUACAUAUGUUGCUCCAGAGAUACUUGCUGAGACAGGUUACGGUGUUGGAGUAGACGUUUGGGCGAUGGGUGUCAUACUGUUUGUCCUGCUGAGCGGGUUUCCUCCAUUCCGCAGUCCAGAUCGUAAUCAAGAGGAACUAUUCCGUCUCAUCCAGAAAGGAGAAGUCCACUUUCUGUCCCCGUACUGGGAUAAUGCAUCUGAGGGGGCUAAAGCUCUAGUCAGAGGUUUGCUGGAGGUCAACCCGAAAAGGCGUUUGACAGCUAGUCAAACCCUGCAGCACGACUGGCUUCAGCACGCAACAGCACCAAAAGAGCAUAAGGGGGCGAUAAAAGCCACUGACUCCACAGCUGAGAGGCGCAACCAGCAGAAACUGAGCAGACAGGUGGAAAGUGGUGAAAAUAAGAGUGAUUCUAGCAAACCAGAAUCGUUGGCAGAGAAAUGUCAUGCAGCACAGAUUUACGAGAACCUACUAAAUAAUAAUAAUUAUGAACCAGAUAUUAACAUGUAUGAAAGAGACCAGCAAAUUCAAGAGAUUGAUAAUAUGACAAGCAAUCAACAAAAUGCAUGCCAUGCAGAAGACACCACCACCACAAACAAGCAAUAUACCACGGAUCAGCAUAAACCUGAGAAACCAGCACAGCAAGAAGAUAUUGACACAAAACAAGAGUGACCUGCUGAGAAACGAGCUAGUUAUGGACAGUGAAGACUGAAGAAGCCAGCAAAAACAAGUAAACUAGUAGAAACCAAUGAUGUAUGAAAAGACUAAGAGUCAGAACUAAACAAGCCAUGUGAAACAUAAGGAACACCUGAGAAAAAAUAUAACAAACAAACAAUAUAUUCCGUAGUAAACAACAUCUUUCUCAUACUCUCAAACCUAUACUCUUAGCACUGAUUCUGACUGAGAAUUCACUUUUUAAAUCUGCACUGAUCUCCUCAUUUCUGCACUCAUUAUGGAGGAAAAUCUGCUGAAUUAGUGUAAAUAUGGUUAAAUGUUUUCAAAGGCGCUCACAAUGCACUCUUCUUUGCAGCUUAAGGUAUAAUUCAAUAUUUAAAAAACAAAUUCUGUAUAAAUUCUGUGUGUGCUUGCAGAUCACUAAUGAAAUGUGAUAUCAAAGUAACUAUUAUUAAGAGAUAUUAUUUACUGACUAGAGGCAGAAGGACAAUUUAUGUUGUAAUGUUGUUUUAGUAUGUAAAAGCCUCAGAUUAACCUAUCUUUAUCUGUGUUAUUUUUAAAAGAAAGACAUUUCAAGAACUAAUUUAGUUUUUUAAUAUGUAUCGGUCAAGCUUGGCCUCUGCCAAUGUUUGUGGGAAUGUUAGUUGGUUAGACUAGCUAGUAAUAAGCUAAAAUUAUUUAGUAUUAUUUGCCUUCGCAUGUCUCAUGUCAUGCAUUUAUAUUGCACAUCUUUAAAUUUGUUCAGUCUUUUUAACCCCCCCUCCCCUUUUUUUUUGGUUAAAAUUGUUUUGCAAAUCUUUUUGAAACAUUAUGAUUACUGUGUUAAUGUUAAAUGUUUUAAACUGUAGGUUCAGACAAUUAAAGUUUAUUAGCUGUUCGGUCAAAAGUUUCUAAACAUUGUUGAGUAAAAUAAUGUUUUUUUUUAUGAUAAAAAUGUUUAUUUUCUUACUUCUGUUCAUCUUUUAACACUUACAAUUUCUGAGAUAUCAAGUUGUUCAGAGUAAUUAUUAAUGAAUAAAGCCUUUGUCCUUGUCAGGUGACUUCAGUCUUUCAACCCUCAUGGUGGCGUGUCUCAAAACAAGCCCAAAGUUGUAAAAUUAGCUAUUUUAAGUGUACUACAGUUGUACUGUGCAAAUAAAAAAAUAUUAAUCUCAGCUUCAUUACUAAUACCUUAUGUAUUACAAAGCUGUAUGGAUAUUAAAAGUCAAACUUUUUAGUAUCCGGUCCAGUGAUCAGGAAGAAGCAUACACACACACACACACACUUCCAUCCCCCCAGUGAAACACACAGCUCAUUCAGACUGGGCAGUCAAGACUGACAGCUGUCUUGACCAAACUAGUCCAUCAUAGAACUCGACAUUUGAUUGGCUGAGGCCGUUCCCCCCUCCCCCGGGGCUAGUUCUAGUUUGGGGUCAAAGUAAAAUUAAUAAAGAAAUAAAAAUAAAUUAAAAUACCACACUUUACAUUUUUCAAACCUACAUACCAGAUCAAAUAAUUUAUUCGGGCCUUGCAUUCACUAUUUUGUCAAGUACGAUCAUUCUGAACGAUGACCCACGAUGACGUUGCCAUUUUGUCGCAUAUGAGGGGUGUUAGGGAAUUUUGACCAAGGUAUGUAUAUGUUUUGUCAUCUAUUAGUCUUACUUUAAUAUAGAACCACGAUGGCAAUAAUACGAAUAACUAGCAUAGUAAAAUUGCAAAUAACUGUACUGACAAAA